AAUUAAUUUUUCAUAUUUCCUUUUUCUGCAUGCAUUUCUCUCUCUAUGCUUUGCUCACUUGCCUUCCAUUUUCAUACACAAGUAUUCACUCUAUUAAUUCUUCAUGAAUAUCAAACUUUACUUUUACCUAUUUAUUUUUCUUGUUCACGGAGCAUUUUCAGAUCAAAUUGAGCUGGGAUUCUUCUUUUCCUCACCUACCAGCCGCGUUUUCAAAUGAAGAGGGCCAAAUCUGUAGCAAGAAAACAGGAAUUGAGCUUCUUCAAGGUCAUUUCUGAUGAUAAGAGAAUGAGAUUUCCCCGUGGGAAUACUCCACGGGUGCAAGGACUUGUAGGUCGCAAAGUUACCCUCAGAGACGUCGACAGAAAUUUGUGGACAGUAGAGGUGGCAAGAGAUGGGGAUGACUUCUAUUUUGACAAGGGGUGGCCUCAAUUUCAUCAAGAAAAUCAUUUGGAGCCUGGGGAUUAUGUGUCAUUUGACUACAAGCACGACGGUUUGGUCGACUUCAUAUUGCUUGGAGGCGAUGGAUGUGUAAAGAAAGGUGUCGGCUGUCCAAGAAGUAGUGUGAAAGUGGAGGUAGAGGAGGUGUAUGAGCUCACUGAUGAUGAUGAUGAUGAUGAUGAAGAUUAUGCGGUAGAGCAGUGGAAGAAGUUGAAGGAAGUAGAGAUUGAUGAUGAGAGCGACGAGGAUGAUGAAAUUGAGGUGCUGGUGAAGGGAUCAAAGUCAAGAUCGUCACCAUCUUCAUCUUCUUUGAGACAGAAGAAACACGAUAAAGAAGAUUACUACGGGCGCUACAUCUUCAGAUCAGGCCUGGCCGUCCAACCCCAAAAUCCUUAUUUUGUGUCGACAUCAAGGAAACUGCGUAGGAAUGUGCUGCACAUCCCGAACGAGGUGAGAGAGAGGUGGAAGCUUAAGUUCGAGUCGAAAAUGUUGGUGGUUGAUGCGAGUGGGAGGAAAUGGGGUAGCAAGAUCAAGAAGUGGAACGACGGGCGCCUCUGGUGCACCGGUGGAUGGAAAAGGAUGUGCGCAGCUAACAACAUAAGCACCCACGACACCUGCAUCUGUGAGUUCGUGCAACGAGGCAGCGACGACAUGUAUAUGCUCGUCCAUGCUGUUGGUGCUCCUAAGUAGACGCAUCGCAUCGCAUCUUACUUAUCUCUAAUUUUAGGACUCGUUAUUUAUUGUCUCAGACGUGUAAACCUGAUCAAAUGUUAUAAUCCCCACGUUGAGACCACUUCUUUGAAUUAUGAUUUACUUGUAGUAUGAUUUUCAAAUUUCAACCUUUUGUGAUCUAAAUAUAGUUAAAUAGA